CGUACGUGCAUUUUUCGCGCGGCAGCUCGUCCCCGGCUCGAGCCCCACGCGUAUUUUUCUCGCGUCGUUGUAUUACGGUCAAUCGAUGGAUUUUAUAACAAUCAUGGCGGCCAUGCCGGUCUCCCGACGAUUUUAUCGCAUUGUCGAUUAAAAUACGGUUUCGUCGUGUUUAACGUAACGGACAGCUCGUCCCGAUUUCCGCGCCUUUAGGACGCACGACCGUUGAGAGUUGACGUUUCGCUUGCAUCCCUCUACAAUGGUCGGAAAUUCGAAAACAUUACAAUGGAGGAAAUGCAUCAACCACAGCAGGUUGGGCCUAACAUGAUGGCUGGUGUGGGUGGCGUUCCUAAUCAUUCAAAUAAUGUUAAUCGUCGUAAUAGAGUUCGCGUAACAUUGCACGCUAUGAUGUUGGAGAAGCUGCCGUUACAUGAGGCAGCGCGUUUAGAAAUGAAGGCGUUACCCAGCAAAACACCCGUCUCUGUUCUUCAGGAAUUACUUUCCCGUAGGGGCACGAUACCCAAAUAUGAGCUGGUCCAAAUUGAGGGGGCUAUUCAUGAACCUACGUUUCGAUACAGAGUCACUGUUGCUGAUGUUGUUGACCCAAUUGUUUCAGCAAUGGGAACUGGCAGGUCCAAAAAAGAAGCAAAACACGCCGCUGCAAAAGCUGUUUUGGAUAAAUUAAUUGGAGUAAAUACUGAAACUGCAGAAUCUCCACUCCCAAAUAGUUUACCCGACUCUCAAAAUUUACAAGAACUACAGUCUUAUGGAGAGGAGAAAGUAGUGAAUAAUCCAAUUGGAGCCUUACAAGAAAUGUGUAUGUCGCGCCAUUGGCCGCCGCCGAAAUACACGAUGGAAGGUGAAGAAGGUUUACCUCACGAGAGGCAGUUCACUAUUGUUUGUUCAAUCCUAAAAUAUCGCGAGGUCGGUCAAGGAAAAAGUAAAAAAGUUGCUAAGAGGCAUGCCGCUCAUAAAAUGUGGCAAGCUUUACACGAUAUGAAUAACCAGGCUCCUAGUGUUGAUGAGGAUGAGAUUGUGCAAAGAAAUGCAAACGUGAGCGCCCGUUAUGCCGAUCUGAAAGGUAGCAAAAUCUCAACAUUGACAACAGUACAUAGUAUCCAAGUUUCGAAAUUUCACAAGAGUCUCAAGUCAUCCACAGGUGUUAAGCUUUUUCAACUGCAGAAUACCUGUUUCAAUGAUGGGGAUGUAAAUUUGGUACAAUUCUUACAAGAAAUUGCAUCAGAGCAGCAGUUUGAAGUAACUUAUGUUGAUAUUGAAGAAAAAUCUAUCAGUGGUAAAUUCCAGUGCCUUGUGCAACUGUCUACCCUGCCAGUGGCAGUUUGCUAUGGUUGCGGUGCGACUAGUAAAGAUGCUCAAGCCAGUGCUGCUCAAAAUGCUCUGGAAUAUCUCAAAAUCAUGACCAAGAAGUGAGCCAGCGCUUUGCUCCUGCCAGCUGUCACCAUCACCUGCAAGCCUCACAAUAAUUUCGCAUCUAAAAAUCAGAAUAACAAUACGGACACCAAAGUAUUAUCAACUAGCAAUAAGAUUUCCGACAAAGGAAAAAGCGGACAGAAGUUAGAUCACAUGGGAAAUAAAAG